CAGGUAGAAACAUCUCUGGAAAUGCUACAUAUAAACACAACUCACUUCCAACAUUUUUGCAGUUUAAGAAAUUAGGCGAAAGAGAGAAAAAAAAAUCUAGAGAGAGAAAGAAAGAUGAUAACUACUAAUUACAUAGAAGAGGCACAGAUUGUAAUAGUUGGAGGUGGAAUAGGUGGACUUGCAACUGCUCUUGCACUUCAUAAGAAGGGACUUGAGAGUGUAGUUCUAGAGAGAUCGGAGUCUAUAAGAACAACUGGAUCAGCUAUUGGCAUUUUCUCCAACGGUUGGCGUGCACUAGAUCAACUUGGUGUCGGUGCUCAGCUUAGACCAAGAGCUGUUCCUUUCACAGCGUUGCGAAACAUUUCACUCAAUAAUGGCAAACAAGAAGAGAUACCAUUAAGAGAAGAAGCUCGAUGCUUGAAAAGGAAUGAUCUUGUCCAGGUCUUAGCUGAUAGUUUACCUCCUAAUACAGUUCGUUUUGGGUGUCACAUACUGGCUGUAAAGUUGGAUCCCCUAACUUCUCAACCUAUUCUUCAGCUACAAGAUGGAAAUACUAUUAAGGCAAAGGUUGUGAUUGGAUGCGAUGGAGUACAUUCAGUUGUCUCUGAGUUGAUCGGAUUAAAACCUGCAAAGAGUUUCUCUACAUGUGGAGUUAGAGGUUUCACAAGUUAUCCAUCUGGUCAUGGGUUGAGCAAUGAAUUUAUUCGAAUACGGAAAGACAAUUGUCUCUUUGGUAGAAUGCCAGUUGAUGACAAUCUCCUGUAUUGGUUUGUAGCCCGUCCAUGGACAUCUUCUGAUACAGGAGUUUCCAGCAAACCCAAACUCAUCAAAGAAUCGACCAUCGAGUCCAUCACUGAUUUCCCAGAAGAACUUAUAGAAAUCGUAAAGAAAUGUGAUCUUGAUUCAUUGACUCUUACAAGAAUAAGAUACCGGACACCGUGGGACAUCCUGUUAGGAAAUUUUCGAAAAGGGACAGUUAUUGUAGCAGGUGAUGCCAUGCAUGUUAUGGGUCCUUUCUUAGGCCAGGGUGGCUCUGCUGCUUUAGAAGAUGCUGUUGUCUUAGCAAGAAAUUUGGCUCAAGCAAUGAGCACGAAGGGUUCAAAAAGAAUCGACGAAAAAAUUAUGCAGGUAAAGAUUGAAGCAGCAAUGGACCGUUACGUGAAAGAACGUAGAAUGAGGCUGUUUAUGUUGUCUUCACAGGCUUAUCUCAUCGGAAUGUUGUUAGAAACCUCGUCUGGCCGAUUGACAAAGUUGGUGAUGGUCAUUGCCCUAGUUGUUUUCUUCAGCAAUUCGAUUGCCCAUACUAAAUACAACUGUGGUCAUCUCUAAAUUCAAAUGUCUUUAUAAAGUUGUCUUGUUUAUUCCUCUUGUUGCCAUUUGUAAAUGUUCCAUUUUUUUACCAGAAAAAUAAAGGGAGCAUCAUUUGAAUAUUCCUCAGUUUCCCUUAACGAAGUCAGAAAACCUAGUCCACAUGUAGUAGAAUUCACUCCUGGUUAAGGUUAUAAGGAUGGUCAAAUGUGUGAUUAAUGAUGGCUAAUGUCCUAAAGUAGUCAUCGUUAAUACCACCAAUUAAUGGCAGGAUCUACUAAUUAAUAGUAACUGCCAAAUCAGUUUAUGUUCAUAUAGUGUAAAUUUUAUCAAUGUAGUGCAACAACUCAAA